AAGUACUAGUUUUCUCACGUGUGGACAGCAUUUUAUCAUGUGUGCUAGAUGUGUAACUUAAGUACGCGGAGUUUUGAUGAGCCAAUUUCUUGAAAACAUUUUUAGUUAGUGUGGACGGAGGUUUCCCCCCCCCCCCAACACUCUUUCUUGAGACGAUCAAUGAUACGAUGGGUGAUUUAGAACUGAGCCCAUCAACACUGGCUACGAUAUGUAGCCAUAUCGACGAAAGUCACAGUCAACUUGGCCGAUUUCUUUCCAAGCAGGUAUGGAGUCAGCAUGACAGACAUAAUAUCCUGGAGUGCCUGGCUCAGCUGCUGCUGGAGAAGGAUUAUACAUUGUUGAUAGCUAGACAUCUGCGACCCCUUGUUCUGGAUUUGCUGGAGCGGAAUGCAGAGAGGGUUAAAUCAAAUGGCAGGAUCAACCACGAUCUCCACGAGCGCCUGUGUGUGGCCCUCAGCAAACUUCUUUGCAUUAGCCCCGAUGCUCAGGCGUUUGCUGCAAGGUACUUCAGUGAUGCCCCUCCAGUUUUUCAGAGACUCUUCUUUACCAGUGAAGAGGCAUCGACUGUUCAGUAUGGUCCAAGGCGAAUGAAACUGCGCGACCUCAUGGCAGCAACCCUUCGUUACCUCAAGAGUGAUUGUACCAAGUUUGAAAAGCUCUGGGACUGGAGUCCAUGUGUUUCCCAGUUGCUCAUGAGCGAUGUUCUAGUUCGAGGGUACACUGCUCAUUGUUUAGCGCUUGUGACUCAUAUGACUGAUAAUCAGAAAAACAUCUUUUUGAGGAAGGUUCUGACAAGUGAUGAGAUUCUGCAGAUGAAAAUAAGCGCUUUUGAAGAAACUCAGCAGACAACAGUAGAAAAAGCCCUUGUGUUAGCCAAUCAACCAUCAACCUUAUGGCACAAGGAGAACAAGUCUACCCAAGGCCAGUUGAUAUCCGAGGACUUAUCUCAGAACGUCGUGGCUAUUUGUGGCAUUGUGCUGCCUCGGAAAGCUCCAAAACCGGCUGGCCAGGUACAUACAAGGGAUAUGGUGCUGGUGGACUCAACCUGCCUGAAUCUGAAAAGAUUAGCAUUAGCUGUGGCUUCACGGAAGCCUGUGCUCAUUGAGGGACCGAUCGGAUGUGGUAAAACUGCUCUGGUAGAGUUCAUGGCUGCUGUUACUGGUCACACAAACGCGACGGAGAUUCUUAAGGUCCAACUUGGGGAUCAAACUGACAGUAAGCUACUGCUUGGGAUGUACCGUUGCAGUGAUAUACCAGGAAAGUUCAUAUGGCAACCGGGAACCCUGACACAGGCUGUCUCGAAAGGACUCUGGAUUUUGUUGGAAGACAUAGAUCAUGCCCCACUAGAUGUGAUUUCUGUGCUCCUUCCAUUAAUGGAAAACAAAACAUUAACGAUACCAGGACGGGAAGAUAGCAUUGAAAUCGCGCCUGGAUUUCAGUUCUUUGCAACAAGAAGAUUGAAUUACAGUGGUGGCAGCUGGCACAAACCACCAAACUCCACUGCAGCUUUACUGGAUAAGUACUGGACCAAGCUGGAGAUUGGUCACAUGACACGGAAAGAAUUGAAGAUGUUGGUUAUUAGCAAGUACCCAACGCUGACAAUUGUGGCAGAUCGUCUGUUGGAUAUCUACUGCGACCUCACUGGGGAAAUCCAUUUGGACCCGACAUGCUCCCAAAGCCCCAAUGAAAACAAAGAAUACAAGUCUGAGGAGAGUUCCACUCAGCUGGAGGGGAGAGCGCUGUCCUUAAGAGAUUUGCUGAAAUGGUGUGAGAGGAUCAGUGUCAACUUUAACAACACUUCUUCAACGUCCGCCCAUCAUGUGUUUCAAGAGGCUCUCGAUUGCUUCACCGCCAUGAUGUCUCACCCUGAAAACCAACUAUGCAUGGCGGAAAUAAUUGGAAGCAAGCUCAAUAUCUCCAAAGAAAAGGCGCAGCACUACUGCCAGAUGUAUCAACCUGCCAUCUCAUUGACUGAGCAUGAGGCCUCGGUUGGUAGAGUGACCCUAAUACGAAAGCAGACUAAAACAGCGCAGCUGAGUAUUGAUCACCAAACCUUUGCUGCAACUCGGCCAGCUGCUGUUCUACUGGAGCGACUGACCGUUUGCAUUGCUAAACAAGAGCCUGUACUGUUGGUGGGAGAGACUGGGACUGGAAAAACCACCACCGUACAACACCUGGCCAAAAUCACAGGACAUAAGUUGAUGGUUGUAAACAUGAACCAGCAGAGCGAUACUGCCGACCUCCUUGGCGGGUACAAGCCAGUAGACCACAGGCAGAUCUUACUCCCUUUGCGGGAGGCCUUUGAAGACUUGUUUUCUCAGACUUACUCCAGGAAGCAAAACCUAGCUUUUCUAGGUCACGUGCAGACAUGCUUCAGGGAAAAACGCUGGCACGACCUACUCAAACUCAUGGAUCAUGUCUGCAAAUCUUUCGGCACUAAAAAGUUGCAAGGAAACCCAAGUGCGGCCUUACUGAAGGAGAAGUGGGAAUUCAUGGCAACAAAACUUAGUCAAACGCAGCAGCAGAUUCGAGCCUGUGAGACAGCCAUGAUUUUUGCUUUUGUGGAGGGAACAUUAGCCAAGGCUGUGAAGAAGGGUGACUGGAUUCUACUAGAUGAAAUCAAUCUAGCAGCAGCAGAGACCCUAGAGUGUCUGAGCGGACUUCUUGAGAGCAGUGCUGGAUCCCUAGUUCUGCUGGACCGUGGAGAUUUAGCUCCCCUCGUUCGACACCCAGACUUCAGACUAUUCGCCUGCAUGAACCCGGCUACUGAUGUGGGGAAAAGAAACCUGCCUCUUGGCCUUAGGAACAGGUUUACAGAACUGUAUGUCGAGGAGCUGGAUAAUGAGGGAGACCUUCGAAUCUUGGUUUCAGUCUACCUCAAAAAUCUGAAUCCUCGCAGGAGUUUAAUUGAUGGAAUCAUAAGUUUUUACGUGGCAGUACGAGAGGAAGCCAACAAACACCUUGUGGAUGGGACGGGUCAAAGACCCCACUACAGCCUGCGCACACUUUGCAGGGCGCUAAAGUUUGUUGCAGCAAACACAUGCGGUACUGUGCAACGCUCACUUUAUGAGGGUUUCUGCCUCAGCUUUCUAACCCAGUUAGACAGGACGUCCCAUCCCGUGGUCCAGAAACUGGUUUGUCAGCACAUUCUGAAAGGAAACACCAAGUGUCUCAAACAACCAAUUUUGGCUCCCUCAGGCAAACCAUGUGUGGCAGUUGAAGGCUUCUGGGUGUCUCAGGGCGACUUAGAACCAACUUUAGAUCCCAACUACAUUCUCACACCUUCAGUCAAACUCAACCUACGGGACCUCGCUCGAGUGGUAUCUUCAGGAUCUCACCCGGUGCUGAUCCAGGGGGAAACAUCCGUGGGGAAGACAAGUCUAAUCCGCUGGCUGGCUACAGCGACUGGCAACCAUUGUGUCCGAAUCAACAACCACGAGCACACAGACAUCCAGGAAUACAUUGGAUGCUACUCUUCAAAUGACAAGGGCAAACUGGUGUUCACAGAGGGCGUUCUCAUUGAUGCCAUGAGGAAAGGUUACUGGAUCAUCCUCGACGAAUUGAACCUGGCCCCCACUGAUGUUCUCGAGGCCCUCAAUAGGCUGCUGGAUGACAACAGGGAGCUUUUCGUGGUGGAGACGCAGGAAGUCAUCAAAGCUCACCCGAGAUUCAUGCUGUUUGCUACCCAGAAUCCUCCUGGUCUCUACGGGGGUCGAAAGGUUCUCUCCAGAGCGUUCAGGAACCGCUUUGUGGAGCUGCAUUUUGAUGAGCUACCUACCACAGAGCUGGAAAUUAUCCUCCAUCAGCGGUGCAGCAUGCCUCCAUCAUACUGCAGCAAACUAGUCAAAGUCAUGACAGAUCUGCAGUCAUUGCGCAGAGGCUCUUCUGUCUUUGCAGGCAAACAUGGCUUCAUUACCCUCAGGGAUCUGUUUCGCUGGGCAGAUCGCUACAGGCUGGAAGAGCAGACUGAAGCCUCUCAAGACUGGCUUCAACAUUUGGCUGAUGAUGGGUAUAUGUUGCUGGCGGGACGCGUUCGAAAGCCUGAGGAGGUGGCCACCAUCCUGUCCAUCCUGGAGAAGAAUUUUAAGAGGACUGUGAACCCAGAAAACCUGUUCUCUCAGAAACAGGUCUCCAACCAGUUUAAUGCUUUUGUUGAUAGCAUUGCUGGAGUACCAGAGGAUUUUCACCAUGUUGUAUGGACACGCAGCAUGAGGAGGCUAGCUGUGCUAGUUGGACGAGCGCUCCGAUUUGGCGAAUCUGUGCUGCUUGUUGGCGACACUGGAUGUGGCAAGACUACAAUCUGCCAGUUGUAUGCUGCUAUGACUGGGAAGAAGCUUUUCUGUGUCAACUGCCACCUACACAUUGAAACAUCUGACUUUCUGGGAGGAUUGCGACCUGUCCGACAUUCCCUUCAGGCUGAUGGUGAUGAAUGCAAGCUCUUUGAGUGGCACGAUGGACCCUUGGUUUUGGCCAUGAAAGAAGGUGGUGUGUUCCUAAUGGACGAGAUCUCCUUGGCAGAUGAUUCUGUUCUUGAGAGACUCAACAGUGUUUUAGAGAUCGAGAAGUCACUCGUCCUGGCGGAGAAAGGCAGUAGAGACGACAGCGAUGUGGAGCUGAUCAGAGCUGCUGAAGGUUUCCGUUUGGUUGCCACGAUGAACCCUGGGGGAGACUUUGGAAAAAAAGAGCUUUCUCCUGCCCUCAGGAACCGAUUCACAGAGAUCUGGUGUACACAAAGCAAUGACCGGACUGAGCUUCAUCAGAUCAUCCAACACAAUCUAUUUACUGGGCUGUCACUAAAUGGGGGUGAUAUCGCAGACGUGAUCCUGGAUUUCAUAAAGUGGUUGAGCCUCCAGGAUUUCGGCCAACAUUGUAUCAUCAGUGUCAGAGACAUCCUUUCAUGGGUUAACUACCUCAACGCUGUGUGUAAACGCGAUGACGAGGAAGGAGAUGCAGAGUGGAACCUCAAACAAGACACUGUUCAAGCUCUCAUCCAUGCUGCAUGUCUUGUUUAUAUUGAUGGCAUUGGUUCAGGAACCACAGUGUCCAGUUCCAACAACGCUAUCAUGGCACGCAAGAUGUGCUUGGGCUUCUUGCACAAGCGCCUGAGCGAAAUCAAAAAAAUGGAUCAGGAGACACUCGAUACACUACGAAUCUACGACAACAGCCUUCUGCGAGAACCUCAGUGGGGCAAAGACUUCUUUGGCAUCAAUCCCUUCUACAUUCCCUUAGGUCCUCUGGCUGAGAGCAAUAACCUAUCCGACUACACCAUUGCAGCAGGCACUACUGCAAUGAAUGUCCAGAGGCUUUUGCGGGCAUUAAAACUUCCGAGGCCUGUUUUGUUGGAGGGAUCACCCGGCGUGGGGAAGACUAGUCUUGUAUCCGCACUAGCAAAAGCUUCAGGGAACCAUCUGGUUCGAAUCAACUUGUCAGAGCAAACAGAUAUCACCGAUUUGUUUGGGACUGAUCUACCUGUAGAGGGAGGGAAGGGGGGAGAGUUUGCAUGGCGCGAUGGGCCACUUCUGGCUGCUUUGAAGGCAGGGAAUUGGGUUCUUCUCGAUGAGCUGAAUCUAGCAUCGCAGACCGUGUUGGAAGGACUGAAUGCCUGCUUUGAUCACCGAUCAGAAAUCUACAUUCCUGAGCUAGGCAUGACCUUCCAAGUUCAACAGGAGAGGACGAAAAUCUUUGGUUGUCAGAAUCCAUACACACAAGGCGGUGGCCGUAAAGGGCUUCCCAAAUCCUUCCUUAACAGAUUCACACAGGUGUAUGUUGACCAGCUUACAAGCAAAGACAUGGAGUUCAUUGGAAAUUCAAUCUUUCCAGCCAUUGAUAAAGAAAUCAUUUCUAAAAUGGUGGAAUUCAGUGACAGCCUUUUCCAGGAGGUGACUGUUGAACGACACUGGGGUCAAAAAGGAAGCCCCUGGGAGUUCAACCUACGGGACAUAUUUCGCUGGUGUCAGCUAAUGCUGGCCGACCAGUCGACGGGAUUUUUCAACCCCGGCCAACAUGUGGCUUUGGUAUACGCGGACAAGAUGAGAACAGAGGCAGACAAGGCGCAGGUUCUGGCAGUGUUCAGGAAAGUGUUUGGGGAAGACUUCGAACCUUACACGGGUUCUCGACAAUUCCAUAUUACCCCACUCAGCUUGCAGGUGGGCUUCUCUGUCCUCCAGCGAAGUGGCGGGGCCCCUGUGAACUUAGAUCCGCCACUCUCCAUCACACAUCAAGCCUUGCAGCCACUUGAGUCCCUCAUGAAAUGUGUUGAGAUGAACUGGAUGAGCAUACUGGUUGGGCCAACGGGCAGUGGAAAGACCAGCCUGGUGAGACUACUUGCACUCUUGACCGGAAACUACCUCAGGGUCAUGCCCAUGAACAGUGCUAUGGACACGACAGAAUUGCUGGGAGGCUUUGAACAGGUGGAUAUCAUCCGUCCAUGGCAACAAGUUCUUGAAAGUGUGUCCUACUUGGUUGCCUUGGUAGCAAGGCGAGGCUUGAUGUCGCUGGAUGUCUGCCUUCAAGACACGGAGUUUCUGCUGCAGACAUGGGGCCUCUUUAACCACUGGAUGAGGGAAGAGAAACUGGAAAGCUCUAUAAGGACAUUGACCUCUGAGGCUCUAAACAAACUCGAGGUCAUCAUCCGGCUCUUGCAAAAAUUGAACACAAAGCUCAAAGUGUUCACAGACAUGUCAAAGCUGAAACUGGACUUCAUGUUAAUGAAGGAGCACAUGUCACAGUUGGAGAAUGGCUGGACCAAUGGAGGAUUUGAGUGGUUAGAUGGAACGCUAAUCCAAGCCUUGCAAGCAGGUGACUGGUUGCUCAUGGACAAUGCUAACUUCUGCAGUGCCUCUGUCCUAGAUCGCCUCAAUGCCCUCUUGGAACCUGGUGGAGCUCUCAGCAUUAAUGAGCGUGGGGUCAUAGAUGGAAAGAUCCCAAUAAUUACACCUCACCCGAACUUCAGAUUAUUCCUGACAAUGGACCCUAUACACGGAGAACUUUCCAGGGCCAUGAGAAACCGAGGCGUAGAAAUUUACAUCCCUGGGGAUGAUGACGGAAUCUCCUGGGACUCACUGGAUUUGAAAACACUGCUGCACACUGCGGGAGCGACCGGCGAUUGUGUGUGUGAUUUUCUAAUGAAAAUACACAAAAGCAUCAAAACUGCCAUCUGGGAAUCCCCUGCUUCGUCGGUGGCGUCAAUGCUCCAUGCUGCCACCUUGUUGUUCUGCCAGCUCCAGAGAGGUGUGGAUUUAGCCAGUGCACUGCGGCAUGCCUGUCAAGAGGUUUACUCCCUUUGUCAAAGUACCACUGUCAGACAAAAGCUCGCCCAGCAACUGAUUGAGCAGCAGCUGGCUAUUUUGGACACCAAAAACUGGGACACUGGGUUACUUUGUGCCGGCGUCUGGCCUGACAGCUUCCCUUCUGCGUUGCUCUCCACAGAAGACUCCUGUUUCUCAACCGUCCUCCGAGAUGGGCAGGUGUUGUCAUUUUGCCUCAACACGCUCAGUUUACAGGGUAAACGGAAGCGCCCGCUAAGUUUGAUUGAUCUCCAGAGAGUACUUCAGAGCAGUGGCUUGAAUGAAGGGCUGGUCUUUUUUGGGAGAAGGGACAAUCUGGAGCAAGGACAUGUGCUGCAGAUGAUACCAACAGCAGUUAGACUUGUCACAGAGCGCGCCUCUCACGGAGACUGGGUCAUGCGGAGUUGCUGGCUGUCGCAUAUUGGAAAGAGCUACACGCACGCCCCUGAUCUGGCUUUGGUUCAAGUGGAAGCAGGAAAGCGAGCUCUUAAGGCUGUUUUCAGUUGCCAACUCACUGCCCAGGGCAAAUCUCUUGCUGAGCUGCUGCAGCCGCAAAUUAUUGAUGAGGACAGAAUUCUGGUGGACAUGCGCUGGAACAAGCAGUACUUGGACAUUUUAGCCAACAAGUGUAACUUUGAGGAUGAGAAAAGAUAUUUGGAAUUUCUGGAAGAGCUGAAUGCUGUUGCUAAUAGGCUCACCCUGCUGAUGGACAGAGAAGAGAGGGCAGUCAUUUGCGAGUGUGCUGCCAAAGUGUCAGAUCAAAACUGCGCCCUGAGAAUAGCCACAGCCUUCUCCAAAGGGACGGUGGACAUUGGUCACCUGCCUCAUCCAGUGCUCAUACACCUGCACAGCUUUUUUCGUCUGUGGGAUACCUUCACGCUGCAAGCUAUGCACAGUGGACAGACUUACAUCUCAGAUCCCGUCAUGCUUGAGAUCCUCCAGCUCCUCCAGUGGCUCGACCGUUUCUGGAACGUUUGCAACAUAUUGCCAGCAGAUACUCAAGGGAUCGCAGUGAUGUCCCUGCACUGGCAGUGGGUCCAAAAGCACCUCAUUUUCUCUCUGCCACUGCUCCUGCUGGGAGAUGCUGACGUCACAUCAGAAUGCUACCAAGGGCUAAAGGCUGUUGCAGGAACCAUUGAGACUCUUCUGUCCACUCCAGUGUCUGUGGCUACAGCUCUAAAAGGCAUCCAGAGAACACUCGGAAAAUCUCUGCCGUUCAAGAUGGAGACUGUUGCGAAGUGUGCAUCACAGCUCAGAGUUUGGAGUAAAGCCCUGGAAGUGAAAGAGCUCACUUUUGAUCAGACCUUCAGAAAUUGGAAGCAAGACCUAGUCUGUCUUCAGGUGGCUGGACUCCGUGUGGACAUUAAAGAAAGCUUGCUUGAAGCCUGGGGACUCGUUCUGCUGGCAAACAAUGAGCUGGAUACACAAAAAUCUGCAAUAUUGGAGAGGUUGGUGUCAAGUGUGGCGCACCAGCAGCAGCAGAUGACCUCCUGUGGGGUCUUGGAGACCCGUAGCAUGUCUGAAGAGGAUGGACCCGCAGGAGAAAUCUCUCUUUCUCAACAAGAAUUACAACACCUUCGCCUCAGGACUCAAUUGUGGCCCUUGACUGAGGAAGUGGCUGUACUCAAUCAGCUGAGGCUCAGUACAGAUUUCUUGCAGCUAUCGUCACAUGGUGACCAGGAAGCACUGGACAGCUUGCGCCUAGAAGUCUCCAAACAUCUCCGUUAUUGCCUCCAGUCCACACCAAUGAGUGUCAUUCAACUUCAGCCACUGUGGUUUCUGCUCAGGAGUGAAAAGCAGCCAGCAGAGGAACUACAGUUUGUGUGGUGUGCGCUACUAUCCGAAGCUUUGGCUGCUCUGUGGAAAAACACCGCAACAUCCGAUCCUGACCGUUGGCUGAAAUGGGAUCCACUCAAUCCGAGCAAAAAUCCACAUUCAGAGCCACAUUAUGAAGCAAAAAAUAUGGGACCAGCUUUGUUAAAUAAAGCUGUGUGGUCACAUUGCGCACUGGGCGUGCUCAAGUGCAGUGCAACUGGAAGUCAAUGGGAACCAUCAGGGACCGCUCUCUUCAUCUCACAUGUGACCCUAGGGGAGUGGAAGGAACAGACUAAGCAGCUCCGGGACUUGACUGCCAUCUUGUGGGACAAUAUGUCCUUUGCAGCAAUGGCAGAUUUAAGAUACACAGAUUUGAGGCUCCAGGGUGUCAUCCUACGUCGACAGUUGCAGAGCAUGGCACAUCUGUUGCCUCCCAACAUGCACAAGGUUUAUCUGGAUAGCUGCGAGAACCUGGUUGAGACAGCCAACCCACUGAUUGAUGCCGAGGAGAUCCAGAGAAUUCUUCGCAAUUUUAUUCAACUUAAAUUGCUCCCUGAUGGAGUACUGGACGCCUGCAUUGCCUGCGUAAAGCAAUAUGUUGAAAACAAAAUUGAAGGCGGGGACUCUGUGGCCUGCGCUGGUGUGUUCUGGGUCAACAUGGGGUUGGUCCAUAUCAAUUUAUGGGUACCCCAGACCAUCUAUGACCCAGCUGUCAAAAGGGCCUACAAACUCACUUAUGCCCAGCAGGAGUUUGCCACUCUGGAGACGGAGUGGAAAGUACGGAGCCUGUCCUCUGAGCUGAUGACUGGAGCAGAGUUGGGGGAGUCGAGUACCACUGAUGGCCUCCAGCAUCCUCGAAUCAGGUAUCUGUGGAUCCGUAUGCAGCAGGUCAAGGCGCAAGUAGCCGAGCUUUCCAGGAAGCAAGCAUUCCGUCCCCAGGAACCCAACUACGGAAGGUUAUUCCAGGACCUCCAGCACUACCUCUGCAGCAUCGGUCAAGCAUCUGCAGUGCAAGACCUUCUCUCACGCCUCCAGAGGGCUCUGCAGAGUUCCUCGACAUUAUCCCGGUCAGCGAUCCAAAGUUUGCUGAAGGAGGAGAUUGUGUGGCAGAACUCUCAGCAGUGCUUCUUCCAGAGGAUCCAAGAGGACUAUCCGCUUUACCCCGAUGUAGUCGGCCCAAUGCAGACAGGAAUCCUGCAGCUCCGAUACGGCAUGAAACUGGUGGCUUCCCAAAUAACUCCCUCUCAAUAUGACAUUCCUACACUUUCCAAACUGGUGUCCUGCCUCCUUUCCUUUCCCUCUCUAUCCCCCAGUUUGCAAUCUUACCUCGCCCAUGCUGACUUCCUCUGCUCCAAAGAAUGUCUGGGAAUUUUGCAGAGUCUUAGGAAGCUACUGUCACAACAAGAUCUUAAUCACGAGGACCUGCCAAGCUCCACAUUGCUUCUCACUGCUCUUCUCUUCGUGCAGUGCCACACACUUAAUACAGGACAUUUCAGUGAUGACACACGAAACAUCUUUAGGCACAUCUGUCAGGCUCUAGUUAACGAAUGGGACGAGAUGGAGAAAAAGAAGAGAGACCAAGAAGAGCAGGAUGCUUGUCUGUAUCGUAGCCGCAGUCAAUUGCAUGGUGGAGGACUGACUGAGGAGCAGCAAGAGGAGAAGGACUUCAGAUAUCUGUUCCCUCAGUUUGACAAGGACUUUGCAGACAUGUCUCUGCCGAGCCUGGAGGGCCCCGCAGAUGCGGACAUGGAGGAGGAUGCCGGGAAAAGGCUUGACGAAAGAAGUUUCUUAUCAACUCCUGCAAUGAACACAGUAGUUGAAAUUCAUCAGCGCCUAUGUCUAGGUCAUGCCCAAGCAUUGUGGUACCAGAACCGAGCACCCAACGGACAAAGCAGUGACUAUAUCAAGGCCCUGCUUUUGUCUUACCAAAUAGCUGCCCCCUUGGUUACACACUUCUAUCAUCUAAUUGAUGCAGAACUAAACCAGCAGUUUACAGGCAGUGAGCUGCUGCUGUCAACUCUCCUCCAGAACACAGUGCAAGGCUUACCAGGAUCAGAUAUUAUGGUUCUCAACUCUGAAAAGCCUUAUGACUUUUAUCAACACCCUAAUAUCAGUGAGGCACGCCUCUGUCUUCCCGUUCUGGAACAAAUGAUGGCAGCGGUAAAACAGAGGCUUGAGGAUUGGCCGGAGCAUCCAGCACUUGUGCAGCUAAUCGUGGUGAUUGAGAGGAUCAUGGCAUUCAGCUUGUCCAGUCCUCUGGCAAAGUUCCUCAAUGGCCUGGAGAUACUUUUGAGUAAAGCACAAGAUUGGGAGAAUAAUGCAAGCCGUGCAGUCUCUCUAGAGAACAACAUAGCACCAAUAACACAGCUCAUUAUCAAGUGGCACAAACUGGAGUUAAAUUGUUGGUCAAGCAGUCUGGACAAUGCUGUGGAAAGGCAUACUGAGAAAUCCACGAAGCACUGGUUCUCUAUUUACCAGCUUUUGACAAAAUAUCUGGAGGAUCACAUGAUGAAUGCUAAUACAGGCGAAGAGACGGCAGCUUUGUCGCUCUCCUCGUUGUCGUCCACACUUCAGGCCUUCGUGGAGAGUUCUAGUCUAGGCGAGUUCCAAACCCGCUUGACUAUGUUACUCAGCUUUCACUGCCACCUCCUCCUGCUCCCCACUCAGCCUGGACAAGUUACUCUAGCUAAUCUUCUGUGGAACCUGCACAAAUACUACAGUCAAUUUUCAGACGGCAUUCAGAACAAAAUCAAAGAGCUCAGGCAACCCAUUGAGAAGGAGCUUAAGGAUUUUGUCAAGAUCUCAAAGUGGAACGAUGUCAAUUUCUGGUCUAUCAAGCAGUCGGUGGAAAAGACGCAUCGGACCCUUUUCAAGUUUAUCAAGAAGCUUGAGCAGAUUCUGAAUGGCCCUUGCGUUACUUUUCUGGUAGAACAGAAAACCAACGUUAAUAAUACUGAUCCAGAGGAAACACCUAUUCACCGACUUCAUCAGGCACUCAUAAAAGCCUUGCCAGAAAAAAAUGUCCACCAGCAGAAUGAGGGUCAAGAUGAGGGAGUCAAUUUGGAAUUGCUGCAAGGAUGUCUACCUGCUCUGGCCAGAAAGAUGAAGAAAUUAUGUGUCCAACAUCUUAAGAAACACCCAGCAAUGGAGUUGACUGAAGAUCUGGACAUUUUCACUGGUGAAGUCCUGAGAAAUCUCAACGAAAUGCAGGCACUCACCAUUGACACGUCAGUUGAAAAAGAGAAACAGACAGCUCGGGCCAAAAACAUCCUGCAGCAGAAGCAGAGAGCUCUGUCUGGCCUAUUCAAAAUACUCGCCGAAAUAGGUCUGUCAUACCGUAAAGGGUUGGUAUGGAACAAGACAGCUGACCAAGAGGAAACUCUCUGCAUACAGCCACUGGAUUUGAGCACCGCUCUUGCUAAUGUUAUGAACCCCGAUUCGACUGAGACUACGUUGUUUUCAGAGUUGAUCACCACAUGGGAUGGAUGUCAGCGUUAUUUCUAUCGUUCAUGGGCGAGGAUGAAUGCUCUCAAGACAGCGCUCCACCAUGCUAAUAAAGACUUGGGUCUGGGAAACAUCGAGCGAUGCCGAGGUUUUUCAUCUCACCUCUUCAAACUACUCCUCAGACAGCGGCAACGACUGGCCAAGCUGACUGAGCAAUGGGUCCGUUUGAGGAAGCUAACAAGCACGGUCCAAGAUAUCAAACUCCAAACUCAACGAGAAGACUGCACACUCCUACCUCAGGCAUCGCUUUCCAAUUGGGUCAGCAAAGGCCAGGCUCAUGCUGCUCAGUGUUCAACCCUCCUCCAGCAGCUGUCCUGGCUCAUGCAGUGCUGUCCCGAAGCUCUUCAACCACAGGAGGAGGACAACAGCAACUCCCGGCAUGACUCUCUGAGAUGCACAUCCCCAAUGGUAGCUCGCCAUCAGGCCCCUAUUUGCCAGAUGCGGAAAGGAGAUGCCACCUGGAGGCAGGUGGACCAGCGUGUCGCUGCAAUGCUGGAGCAGAUCCUGAACUUAAAGACCGCGCUUCAUCAAAUAGCACAGAAGAACUCCGAGAAAGUACUUCUGACAUGGAAGGAUUUCGCAACGUGUUGCUCGGCUUUUGAUCAGCUGGCAACUGUGAUGUCUCAGUUGUGUGAAAUCGAACAGCUCUUCAUGCCAGGCACACGUCCGAGCAAUAAGCACCUAAUGCCAGCCGUCAUCCAGAGCUUCAAGUUUGUUCACAAAGAAGCAAUGAAAAGCAUCACCGAGUUUGCCUCUUGGAAGAAUCAGCAUCUCUCAGAUGGACAAACUACCGCAGAUGACCUGUCUGCAUUCUGUUCCGAGUUUUCUGCUGAUCUGGACACAACCAUAAAGAACUUGCUGUACGCUGUCCAGACACUUGUAAAGAGAAGGGAGACAAAUGAGAAAAGCGCUCAGGAAGUUGGCAAGAUAGAUCCAGUGAAUGAUAGCAAAGAGGUAGACAAAGAGGAUGCGGGAGACUUACUGAAGCCAAAACACUUCACCCAUCACUUGGAAGAGGAGCUGGCAGCAGAUGUGGAGGCUCUGUGUGUGGGAGAUGUGAACGCCAAGCUGGAGAGGCUCCUCAGCUGCUUAAAGAUACACACAGACUCUUUUAAGACGCAGAAGCUCCAGGAGGUAAACAGAGCGUGCAGGAUGCUAGUGCGUGUGGAGCCUCUGCUGGGGAUUUACUCAGACCUGGUCCGUUACUUCCUGUCUGCGUCUGUGGGAGUGCACAGAUGCACUGCCAAACUGCUCUCAGUGUUGGCUAACGUCUUCACUGAGCUCGCUCAGAAGGGUUUCUGCUUGCCUCAAGAACUAACACCUGGAGAAGGUGAAGGUGCCACUGAGUUUCAUGAUUAUGAGGGUGGCGGAAUUGGUGAAGGCGAAGGCACCAAGGAUGUCAGUGAAACAAUUUCCAGUGAAGAUCAGGUGGAGGACACCUUUGCGGAGGGUCAAGAGAAGGAACAUAAAGAUGAGAAGAAAAUGAAAGCAGAAGACAAUGCUGUUGAGAUGUCCGAGGACUUUGAUGGCCAAACACAUGAUGGUGAUGAAAAUAGUGCUGAUGAAGAUGAGUCGGAUAAAGAGAAUGACCAGGAGGAGAUGGAUAAAAUGAUGGGUGAUCUGGGUGAUGGACAGGCAGAAACUCUCGAUGAGAGAAUGUGGGGUGGGGACGAUGAAGAGGAGGAUGAUGAAGGAGGAAGUGACAAAGAGGACGAGUCUUCCCACCAGGGCAUGGACCAGUCUGAAUCCGUAUUAGCUGCGAAGGAAGACAACUUGGAUGCUACUGAAGGUGAUAAAAAUGAAGAAAAACAUAAUGACCAGGCGGAGGCUGAUGGGAAAGACAAAAUCAACGAACAAAGAGAUGAGAGAGAUUUUGAUGAGAAUGAAGUGGAUCCUUAUCAUGGCCAAGAAGAUAAAAGACCUGAACCCGAGGCUAUGGAGCUACCUGACGAUCUUAACCUGGACCAGGUUGAUGAGAUGGGUGACGAUGGAGAAGGUGAAGGAGAUGAAGAACAUCCAUUUGAUAUUGACGAGCAAGCGAUCGCCGCAGAAGAGAAUGGAGACGGACCGAAAGAGGGAGAUGAGGAGCAGGAGGGAAAUGAGCAGUUAGAGGAAGACAAGUUAACCCAAGAAGACGAUGACCACAGAGACCCGGAAUCAAAGACUGAAACGGAAACGAGUGAUGAUAUCCAAACCGAAGACAAAGAAGAUGAUCUAGCAACCGAAGACAAAGAAUCAAAAACAGAUGAGAAUCCGUCCGUUCCAAAAGAGGAAGGGACCGAUCUUAAGGAGGAUGGUGACGCUAAGGAUGAUGUGGAAGAACAGCCGGAGCCAGCUGAGAGGAAAGAUCACAGCACUGAUGGGCAAACCGGAGAGGAGAAUUUCCAGAGUGAUACUGCUGUGGAGCUGGCUGGAGAGGCAUCAGAGAGAGAUCAAGCAAAAGAGGAGUGCGGGACUGGAGCAGCUGAUGCUAACCAAUCAGAAGGUCACCAGUCAAAACUGUCUUCCAGUAUGGCGUCACAGUCGCUGACACAUAACAACACUCAGAGCUUUAAAAGAAAACCGGGACAAGCAGACAAUGAGCGUUCGACGGGUGACUACAGUGAGUUUAUUAACAAGCGUCUUCGUACGUUGGAGAGCUCGCGCGAGAGGAUGCAAGACAGCGGGCAACGUGAAACUAAACAAGAAUCGGAUCUAUAUGAACAUAUCAGCGACGGGGCCUACGAUAGACAAACAUACGAUGUUGCCAAUACAGAUCAGGAAGCAGCAGAGUGUCAACAGGUCAAAGAUGGAAAUCAGGACGAGGAGGAUCUUUCAAUGCAAAUGGAGUACCAAGAAGAUGAUCUUCAAGAUGCUGAUGUUCAGGAACUUAAACAUAAGCAGCUGGAUACAACAGAGGCCAUACAGGCGCAAGAGAAUGCAGAGAUGCAUCCGCAGAAGACGGAAAAUAAAGACAACGAAUGGGAGCACAUCAGGCAUCCCAGAGAUGGAGAGGAAGCUGAGAAAAACACAGAAUCGACUUUUCACACAAUUCCUCUGAUGCUCCUAGAAGCAACGCAGCAAUUAGACAGAAACCCAGAGGACAUCAGGAGCAAGAUGGAGGUGCAAUUAUCAGUGUGGCAAAAUAUGACUCCAGGAACGCAGGAGGAGGAGAGUGCAGCAGCUUACAUGUGGCGGCAAUACAAGACAAUGACUUCCCAAUUAUCCCAACAACUAUCGGAGCAGCUACGCCUUAUUUUGGAGCCGACGCAAGCUGCGAAGCUCAAAGGUGAUUACCGCACAGGAAAACGACUCAACAUGAGAAAAGUCAUCCCUUACAUUGCCAGUCAGUUCCGCAAGGACAAGAUCUGGUUGAGGAGGACAAAGCCUAGUAAAAGAGAUUACCAGAUCUGCCUGGCUGUGGAUGAUUCCUCCAGUAUGGUGGACAACCAUUCCAAACAGCUGGCGUUUGAAUCACUGUCAGUGAUUGUCAAUGCGCUCACUCUUCUGGAAGUUGGACAAGUGUCCGUUUACAGUUUUGGUGAGGAGGUGCAGCUUCUCCACCCAUUUCAGCAGCAAUUCAAUGAUGAUUCCGGAGCUCGGAUCCUCCGAUUGUGUAAAUUCCAGCAGAAGAAGACUAGAAUUGCUCAGUUCCUAGAGAGUGCCACCGAUAUGUUGGUUGGAGCACGAAAGCAGAUUUUAAGAUCUACAAAUUCAGAAACAGCCCAGCUUCUGAUCAUCGUAUCAGACGGUAGGGGAUUGUUCCUGGAAGGCAAAGAGCGUGUGACGACAGCAAUACAAAGAGCACGCAGUGCAAAUGUUUUCCUUAUCUUUGUGGUACUUGACAAUCCCAACUCCCGGGACUCCAUCCUGGACAUCAAGGUGCCAUUAUUUAAAAGCCCAGGAGAACUACCAGAGAUCCGCUCCUACAUGGAGGAGUUUCCAUUUCCUUUCUACGUCAUACUACGAGAUGUGAAUGCCUUGCCUGAGACCCUGAGCGACGCACUAAGGCAGUGGUUUGAACUUGUCACGACUGCCGACCAGUGAGCCGACCAGGUGACAUUUAUAACGAAAAACAAUUUGAACACUUUACUCAAUAUGGACUGAUAAUGGACUGAUGAAGAUAGUAAAGUUGUUCCUAUGUUGCUUAAGAGAAAAGAUGACUUGCUGCUCUAAAUGUUUUUUUAUAUACAUAUAUAUAUAAAUUAUUGCAGUUUGUCAUUUACCAUUUCAUUUUUGUCUUAUUACAUCACAUUUGUAAAUUACCAUAAUUAUGAAUUGUGAUAGAAUUUUGUGAAACAUCUUGGUAAAAUCAUAUAUUCCCCUUA